AUGGCCGUCAGCCCUAUAAUCAUCUGCCUCCUGUCACUGAUUGCCUUGGGUUCAUCCCACCCCUCUCCUCCUCCUCGGGGAUGCAGUGUGGAUGUGGACCCUCCAUACAGAGUGCUGUGUGACCUGGAGUCAGUCUGGGGUGUGGUCCUGGAGGCUGUGGCCUGCAGCGGUGGACUCACCUCUCUGGUCCUUGGUGUUCUCCUGCUUGUCAAGCUGCGCUCCAUUUCUGACCCAGCCAGGCGCUCCGGCAUGGGGCCUCUUCUCUUGCUCAUUGGCACGCUCCUCGGGCUUUUCUCCAUCUCUCUGGCUUUCCUGGUGGGGAAGAACCAGGCACUCUGUGUGGUUCGCAGGGCCUUCUGGGGGCCUCUUUUUGCCCUCUGCUUCUCCAGCUUGCUAGUGCAGGGUGUGAGGCUCAGGAAGCUGGUGGCUGGCAAGACGAGCCCAUCAGGCAGCUCCCUGGCAGCGCUCGGCCUGGCCUUGGCCUUGGUUCAGGGGAUCAUCUCUGCUGAAUGGGUCCUGUUGACUGUUGUCAGAGAGGGUCACCCAGCCUGCGAAUAUCCACCUUUGGACUUUGCUCUGACAUGCAGCUACACCUUGGGGCUGCUCCUCAUAGCCAUGGGGCUUUCUCUAGGGGUCGUGCUCUGUGGAGGAGAGUUGGGGGCAGAGGAAGGAGGUGGGAAUGAAGAAGACAGAGAAGGAGAGAGUGAAAAACGGAGAUGGAAGUGUAAUGCCGUCUGGCUCUUCCUGUCCAGUCUGGCAUCAGCAUUGCUAUGGGUGGCCUGGCUGGGGUUCUAUCUUUACGGCAGCCGGGCGUUGAGAGGGAAGGGGAAAGGAGAAAGGUUAGGAGGAGGAGGGAAGAAGGAUGUAAAGGUGUUGGAUGAGCCUGCGCUGGCGGUGGCCCUGGUCAUUCAGGGCUGGAUCCUGCUGCUGUUUCAUGCCAUUCCAGAGGUGCACAUGUGUCUCCGAAAACCUCCACAGUCCAACACACAAGAUUUCUUCGACACCAGUCACACAUCCCCUCCUCCACAUUUUGGAGAUGAGCUCCCUGCACACUCUCACCGACCCUUCCCAGAAAACCAUGCCUUUUCAAUGGAGGAGCACAGUGCAACUCUGCGAAGCGGAACAUACCACAGCAGCCACGGGAGUGUGCGUCCUGGCAUAGCCUUCAGAGGUCACGUCUACCAACCCACCGAGAUGGCUCUGGUCAUGAAUGGUGGUACAAUGCCCACAGCCCCAAUUAACUACACUGGACGCCGGUUGUGGUAA